CGGAGCUCAGUCUCUCCCCAACACGUUCUGAGCCGCUCCCCGUUCAAACCCAACCAGGGAGCCGCGAACGAGGCUCACCAUCCCCCGGCCGGCAGGACUCCGCGGCCGCUGAGCGCUCCCGCGUGUCGGGCGCUUGGAGUCCCCGCAGCCCGAGAGGGGCCCGGACUCUCGAGCUCCGGGGGGUGCCUGUGGAAUCCAGCGCCUCGGGCUUCCCGGGUCCCCAGCAGCGGGAGCCCCAGAGAGGCACUCAGCCCCGGGACCACCGCGGAACAAGAUCGAGACUGAGAACCCACUGCAACUACCAAAAUGGGCAGCAAAACCUUGCCAGCACCAGUGCCCAUACAUCCAUCCCUUCAGCUCACCAACUAUUCCUUCCUUCAGGCAGUGAAUGGCCUGCCCACAGUGCCCUCGGACCACCUGCCCAACCUGUAUGGUUUCAGUGCGCUGCACGCUGUGCACCUGCACCAGUGGACGCUGGGCUACCCCGCCAUGCAUUUGCCACGCUCUUCUUUCUCCAAAGUGCCCGGUGCAGUGUCCAGCCUGGUGGAUGCACGCUUCCAGCUUCCUGCCUUUCCCUGGUUCCCUCACGUCAUCCAGCCCAAGCCAGAGAUCACUGCAGGAGGCAGCGGCCCCUCGGCACUCAAGACCAAGCCGCGCUUUGAUUUUGCCAACUUGGCCUUGGCCGCCACGCAAGAAGAUCCAUCCAAGCUUGGCCGGGGGGAGGGUCCUGGCUCCCCUGCUGGUGGGCUGGGUGCCCUCCUGGAUGUGACCAAGCUAUCCCCAGAAAAGAAGCCCACGAGGGGACGUCUGCCUUCCAAGACCAAGAAAGAGUUUGUCUGCAAGUUCUGUGGCCGCCACUUCACUAAGUCCUACAACCUACUUAUCCAUGAGCGGACGCACACCGACGAGCGGCCCUACACCUGUGACAUCUGCCACAAAGCCUUCCGGAGGCAAGACCACCUACGGGACCACAGAUAUAUUCACUCCAAAGAGAAGCCUUUCAAGUGUCAAGAGUGUGGGAAAGGAUUCUGCCAGUCCAGGACUCUCGCUGUCCACAAGACGCUACACUCACAGGUGAAGGAGCUCAAAACCUCCAAGAUCAAAUGCUAAACAGAGCCUCUGGGUCGCCAGGACCCUGGGUCAUGCCGCCCCCUCCUCCAGAGGGACCAGAAGCCGACGGCGAAUCUGGCGGGCAGCGGGAGGGGCUCCCGGGACCUUUCCCCAUCCCACACGUGUCCCCUGGG